AUGUGGUCAUUUGAUGAUGUGAACUCUUCAGAUAAUUUAGAAAAUUCUACCUUCAUCAGCGAUUUCCCCGAGCCUCCAGUCUGUGGGAUAUCUAAAAAUGGUUUUUACACAAAAGUUGUGGGUGGAGUAGAUGCUAAUCUUGGUGAAUUUCCCUGGAUGGCCCUACUUGGAUACAAUGAUAGUUCAGGGAACGGCACGUUUUGGGCUUGUGGAGGGUCAUUGAUCUCUCAACGUCACGUCCUGACAGCGGCGCAUUGUAUACACAACCAUGACGAAUUAUAUCUGGUCCGCUUAGGAGAACUGGAUGUUCUUCGUCAUGAUGAUGGAGCAGCUCCUGUCGAUAUUCAUAUUAAAAGUAAGAUAGAACAUGAAGAGUACAGCGCUAACUCAUUUCAACAUGACAUCGGACUUAUAAUAUUGGAAACUGAUGUUGUAUUCAGUGACCUUAUCAGGCCAAUUUGCAUACCAUUGCUUCCGGAAUUACGCAACAACUUGUUUGACGGCUACAAUCCAUUUCUAGCCGGUUGGGGAUACAAUGAAUUUCCUGGCCACGCAAACAUACAGUUUAGAUUUGGUGAUCAUCGGAAAUCACACCUGCAAAAGGUGUCUCUGCCAGUCACUAGUCUUUCUCAAUGCCAGGACGUUUACAAGAGUUAUGGAAAUAGGCUACGGAUAGAUGAGCAGGUGAUAUGUGGUGGAUAUGAGGAGGGAGGCAAGAACUCCUGCAAGGGAGACAGCGGAGGUCCUCUCAUGCUGCCUAAUACCAACUCGGCACGCCAAGUAUAUUUCUACCAAAUUGGGAUUGUAUCAUUAGCUCCGUUAUGCGCAUUGAAGAAUUAUCCCACCAUCUUCACGAGGGUCACCCACUACAUACCGUGGCUACAGAAACAGGUUUUGGGAAAAACUAAUUGA